AUGGAGCGAGACAUCCAGACUCCACGAACUCCAACAACUCCAAAUCAGAGUCCAACACCUGUCCCAUUCUCCUCCGCAUCCUCGUUCACGACGCUCGUGAACCUCUCCAACACCAACGUCAACAUCGCCAAGGACAAGGAUCGGAAGGAGCCAGAGUUUCAAUCUCCACCGCUAUGCACGCCCGAUACCUCCCCCAAAGAUCUCGAAAAGGGUCCAGAUCCUCCUGCCCAGUCACCGCCGUACCAUGUGUUCAGCCGAUCACGUAAGAAGCAGAUGGUGUACAUCGUCUCGCUGGCUGCGUUGUUUUCGCCGCUGUCAUCCAAUAUCUACUUCCCCGCUCUUGGCGACGUCUCCAGGGAACUCCACGUGUCCAUGUCCCUGGCCAGUUUGACCAUUACCGUGUAUAUGAUCGUCCAAGGCAUCGCUCCAUCAUUCUGGGGGUCCUUGGCAGACGCCAUAGGCAGAAGACCCAUCUUCGUCGGAACUUUUAUCGUGUACCUCAUCGCCAAUAUCGUCCUCGGAGUGGCGAAAAACUAUGCGGAAGUGAUGGUAUUCCGAGCGCUGCAGGCAGGUGGCAGCGCCGCCACCAUUUCCAUUGGCGCCGGAGUGAUUGGCGAUAUCACGACAUCGGCGGAAAGAGGAGGACUGGUGGGAGCCUUCGGCGGAAUUCGCAUGCUGGGCCAGGCCGUCGGCCCCGUGUUCGGCGGUAUCCUGACACAAUUCUGCGGCUACACGUCGAUUUUCUGGUUCUUGACCGCGUUUGGAGGCUUCAGUCUCCUGACCAUCAUCUUAUUCCUGCCGGAAACCCUGCGCUCGAUCGCGGGGAAUGGCAGUGUCCGUCUCACCAGCUGGCUUCACAAGCCGGUCAUUUAUCUCUUCGUCGAGCAGCCGAAUGUCAACGAUGCCGCCCAGCCCGAUGGCAAACGGUCUGGUGUGAAACUGUCCACCAUCUUUGCGCCACUGAUCUUCCUGAGCGAGAAGGACGUGUUCAUCACGCUCUUCUUCGGUAGCAUCGUGUACACCGUCUGGAGUAUGGUGACAUCGAGUACGACGGGCCUGUUCCAGGAUGUGUACAACCUCAACUCGCUCGAGAUUGGUCUCACGUUCCUGGCCAAUGGUGCCGGAUGUAUGUCAGGCUCAUUCGCGACCGGAUGGCUGAUGGACCGCGACCACCGCCGGACAGAGGUGGAAUACUGCAAGAGCCACGGCCUCCCAACCGAGACGCGCAUCAACACCAAGUCGCACGAGGACUUCCCCAUCGAAUACGCACGGCUGCGCAACAACUGGUGGAUCAUCCUGAUCUUCGUGGCGGCGACGACGGCGUACGGCUUCUCGCUUGAGACGCAUCUCGCCGCGCCCGUCAUCCUGCAGUACCUGAUCGCGUUCGCCGCGACUUCCGUCUUCAGCGUCAACAGCGCCCUGGUCAUCGACCUGUACCCGGGCAAGAGCGCCAGCGCCACGGCCGUCAACAACCUGAUGCGCUGCUCCGUCGGCGCGGCCGGUGUGGCCGUCGUCGAGCCCAUGAUCGAGGCCCUCACGCCCAAAUACACCUUCCUCCUGCUGGCCGGAAUCACGGCCGUCUUCUCGCCGCUGCUUCUCAUUGAGCUGAAGUACGGUGCUUCAUGGCGGCUGGAGAGGGCUCAAAGGCUCAAAAACAAAAAGGCGGCGGAGGCGCAGAAGGCGUCCAACUAA